GCAUGCCCCAUUCAGGAGUCACUCGAGCCUUAGUCACCUUAGUCAGCCGUGCGCGGCCCCUCCCACAAUACCAGUAUUGUCAUCAGCCACUGCCCUACGAGCGAGUCAAUCAAUCAGACGCCAUCUGGCUGUAAUUAAUUGUAAUUCCGAUAACAGCCUUCCCGGCCUGAGGCCUCUGGCGGGCUUCCCCUCCCGACUCGCCCUCCUCUCUUACCUUUCCGAUCACCCUGAAAGGUCGUGGAUCUUCUCUCUCCUAGAUCCUUCUCUCCCGUUCACUUUGUGCUUUUUUGCUUCAGUCUUUUCUCUCUUCUUCCCCGGUGUGUCCAGAAGGGCUGUCUUAACACAACACACUGCGGUCGACCUCUUGGAUCUUGAUAUUCGUCUGCUGUGUGGUUCCCUGGCCUUGAAACCGCUACCAUGUCCUGGAAGCUCACCAAAAAACUUAAGGAGACGCAUUUGGCACCCUUGACCAGCUCCUUUGGCCGCUCAUCUUCCACUUCCACAAUCAAGGGUGAUUCAAAUGGCGGUGGUGGUGACGAGACACCGGUGGCUCCCCAUGCCCCCAGUGUGAUCUCCGCUGCUUCGACAAAUGGCAUCGCUGCCUCAGAGUCGCUAGUUUCUCCCCCCGUGGCGCCCGUGAAGCCAGGCAUCCUCAUUGUGACUCUUCACGAAGGCCAAGGAUUCUCCCUGUCCCCUCAUUACCAGCAAAUCUUCAACUCUCAUUUUCAAAACAACUCGUAUGCGCCAUCAUCUUUGCGCCCCAGCACCUCCUCCUCUUCACACUCCUCUCAUGGGCAAGCGGGCUCGUUCGUGCAGUCCACUCGGCCGCAGUCCACCAGUGGAGGCCUGAACGCUGCCCCGACCAUCCACGGCCGUUACUCCACCAAAUACCUUCCAUACGCCCUUCUUGAUUUCGAAAAGAACCAGGUCUUCGUCGAUGCCGUGUCUGGUACUCCCGAGGCCCCCUUGUGGGCGGGCGACAGCACGGCGUUCAAGUUCGAUGUGUCCCGGAAGACCGAACUGAACGUACAGUUGUACCUCCGUAACCCCACCGCCCGACCUGGUGCCGGUCGCAGUGAGGACAUCUUCUUAGGUGCUACCAAGGUCAACCCACGCUUUGAGGAGGCCGGCCAACCAUACGUGGAGGACCCCAAGCUUAGCAAGAAGGACAAUCAAAAGGCUGCUGCUGCUCAUGCGGAACAGGAACGUACCAUGGGCCAACUGGGUGCUGAGUGGCUGGACCUCCAGUUCGGUAGUGGUUCUAUCAAGAUCGGUGUUUCCUUCGUUGAAAACAGACAACGCAGCCUCAAGAUGGAGGACUUUGACUUGUUGAAAGUCGUCGGCAAGGGUAGUUUCGGCAAGGUCAUGCAGGUCAUGAAGAAAGAUACCGGCCGAAUUUACGCCCUCAAGACCAUCCGCAAGGCUCAUAUCAUCUCCCGAUCUGAAGUCACCCACACCCUUGCAGAACGAUCCGUGCUGGCACAGAUCAAUAACCCUUUCAUUGUCCCGUUGAAAUUCUCGUUCCAGUCGCCCGAGAAGCUGUACCUUGUUCUCGCAUUCGUCAAUGGUGGAGAGCUGUUCCACCACCUGCAACGUGAGCAACGAUUUGACAUCAACCGCGCCCGGUUCUACACCGCCGAGCUGUUGUGUGCGCUCGAGUGCUUGCACGGUUUCAAGGUUAUCUACCGUGAUCUCAAGCCCGAGAAUAUCCUUCUCGACUAUACCGGUCACAUCGCCCUUUGCGAUUUCGGUCUCUGCAAGUUGGAUAUGAAGGACGAGGACCGGACAAACACCUUCUGUGGUACUCCUGAGUACCUUGCCCCAGAGCUGUUGCUCGGCAAUGGGUACACGAAGACUGUGGAUUGGUGGACUCUGGGUGUCUUGCUCUAUGAGAUGUUGACGGGUCUGCCCCCCUUCUACGACGAGAACACGAACGAGAUGUACCGCAAGAUCUUGCAGGAGCCCUUGACCUUCCCCAGCAGUGAUAUCGUCCCCCCAGCUGCUCGGGAUCUUCUCACGCGCCUGCUCGACCGCGAUCCUCAGCGUCGUCUGGGUGCCAACGGUGCCGCAGAGAUCAAGUCGCACCACUUCUUUGCCAACAUCGAUUGGCGUAAACUGCUUCAGCGGAAGUAUGAGCCCAGUUUCCGUCCCAAUGUGGUGGAUGCUCGUGAUACCGAAAACUUUGAUAAGGAAUUCACUGGAGAGAUGCCCCAGGACUCCUACGUAGAAGGUCCCGCUCUGUCCUCCACCAUGCAACAACAGUUUGCUGGAUGGUCUUACAACCGUCCAGUGGCUGGUCUUGGCGAUGCAGGCGGCAGUGUCAAGGAUCCUUCUUUUGGCAGCAUCCCGGAGUAAAAGCAGGAUCUACUCCAGGCCACUAGCCUUAACAACUAGAUCAAAUAUGACUGGUGCGUGAGAAUUGAUUCAUAGAUACGAUUUUCCUUUGUACUGUGUUUUGUUCUUGAUCCACAUAUCACCAAUCUUGAUCAUUUGCCUUGUUUCGUCUCGACCUUUUAUUCCUCCACGGCUUUCCUUGUUUCUUUCCCCUUUCAUUCCUAAGGAGUCUGCGGCAUUUUUUUGCUCGGUGGCUUUUGCCAGUUCCCGAGGCUGCAAUGUUUUCCCUCUACCCUUCUCCUUGUCUCUCCAGUUCCCACCGAAUCUCACCACCUCUGAGCGCUUGAUUUGUUCCUCAUCAUUCCCAUCUCAGUGUCCGCCAACCCCAUCAACGCAAGCAGGUUCCUUUGCACCCUUGUUUUCGUUUGAUGUUCUCAAGCGGUCAUUACCUGUCUAGUGGAAUCCCUUUCUCUGUGUAUCCGGUCCGGUUUCCAUGUGCGAGAUGCUCUCUCUCUCCAUAUCCUUUGACAGAGCCUGGACGGACAAUGCCAAGUCAAGUUUCCACUGGAAUCCAGAUCAUUCAUAGCGUAGAAUAUUACAGAUCAUCGUAUACAGAGUCUACAAUCGGCAUCGAUACUUGCUAAUGAUCGCAAAACAUGUCCCCUCGCCUGCGCUUUCCCUGGCCACGAUGCGCUCUAUUAGUGUCCUUCGACAUAGAUGAUAAGCAUUACAGUUUGGAAAAGCUCCAAGGCUAGAGACCUCAUCAUUGUAUCUAUCAUUCAAUCCUAGGCAAAACCCGCCAAGAAUUGAGACCUGUCACAGCGGGAUUACAGCAAUAAGAAAAACCUAGAAAUAAAACACGAAGAAGAGUUUGAAAAAAGGGUAAAGAGGACAAACAAGAGAUGUCGGACACACGUUAAGACGCCGCUCGCAAUUCAAAAUCUGGACAUUCAAGCCCCUCGACUUGAUCGAGUCGGGGAAACUGAAACAAAAAUAGAAAAAAAAAGACAAAUGCUCUAUUCAACGCAUCCUCGAGCCGUUAAACUGUCUUUGAAUACAAACCAACUCCAUUUGGUUUCCCUUUUUACUCUUCGUCCUCCGCUUCAUCCUCAGCUUCGGGCUCGUCCUCCGCUUCGAGUUCGUCCUCGGCUUCGGCUUCCUCCGCGGCGGCGCCGUUCGUGGCGGUCUUCUUCUCGUCGUCACCGUUGAUAUCGAUCAGAGACUCGGAGGAAGGGGGCUCGGGGACGACACCCUCCUUCUCAAGACGAAUGUACUCAUCCCACUCAGGGAACAGGUCGUCAUCGGUGGAAAUGAUAUCCGGGGCACCGGGGGGCACACCGACGAGGCGGGCGACCUUGGUCUUACCCGAUGACUCAAGAGAGGCUUUCCACUGCACGACGAGUUCGGGAGCACGAGAGGGCUUGUAGGUCUGAGCGAAGAGAACGGACUCCGCAAUGCGGUUAGUCUUAAUGAGCAGGUCAAUACAGGCAUCCACGUCACCCAAGGACCAAAGUGUGGAGAAGGCAACGUUGUGCAGACCGGAGUCGGAGGCUUGAACGGCCAAAGCACGGAGGCCUUCCCGGUUGUUGGAGGCAGUGUGCAGCAACAACAAGGAACCCACGUCCUUGGCCUGGGUGAAGCAUUCCUGGGCCAGAGCGAGAUUCCAGCUGGCCAGAGCGGCGUCACCGAUAAGCUUCCACUUGUGCUCGACGUUGGCGACGCGAGCAAUCUCGAGAGCUGUCUCGAGAUCAUUGAGAGACAGAGCCAAGUCGAACCGGUGCUAUAUUUGACCCAAAGUUAGCGAAUUCGUACUACAUUGAUCACGCAAAAG